AACCCGAAUUCAUCUGCCCCCCCCGUCCAUGAUGGGACGGGACGGGACGGAAAAGAUUAUUAAAAUGUGUCCUUGAUGAUGUCCAUUGACUUUUCCGCAUCAUGCGAUUUGACCGCGGACGCUCGGCUGUUCCUGUUCUUUCCUUCCCCUCCUCCUCCUGAUGUUGGCUGUCUUUCUUUUCUUCCUUUUCGCAUGCCUGUUGCGGAUUUGGAGGACGCUUUCCUCGCGAUUCGUCUCUGAUAACGCCUCUCGCUCGGGAGCCAAAAAGAGGCCGACGACCCAUCCCAUCUUUGUAUUUUUUUUUAACGAUUUGAGCGGGAGCUUUGCUCGCGGUCAAUCGAAGGGCGAACCCGAUUUCACCGUCCAUCCCGUGUGAUUAGCGCCACGGGACGAACCGCCCAAAAGAAAAAAUGACAAGGCAGAAAUACGACUGACCAUCUGUCAGGGAAUUGUACUUUUCUUCUCUCCUCCUCGGUGCUGUGCUGUGCUGAGACUUCUGCCGAUCGUAUUCGACCAUUUCUCGUGUUUUUGGGCUGCUGCUGCCUUUCUUGAACCAGUCUUCAGUCCACGCCUCCCUUCUUCCUCUUCUUGGUUCAUUUCCCAUUCCGUCUCUCUCUCCGCCAAGGACCGCGUUUUAUCACGCCACCCCCCACCUUCCUCUCUCGGCGGCGCAGAAGCAAAGAGGGUCUCUCCAGAAUCGGAAGAAUUCGAAGGAGAAACGGAGCACAGAGCAGAGGAGCUGAUUCUGGUCGUCGUCGUCGUCGUCGUCGUCGUCGGGUACGGAAGGAGAUGCAAGCAUGGAUCCCGUUGACAUUGGCCGCGGCGGCGGCGGUUGUCGUCCUGGCGGUCGUCGUCGUCGCCGUCGCCGUCUACGCGUGUCGGCGCCGCGGUUCGAAGGAAAGCGGUAGGGAGCAGCUCGUCACCAGAGCGAUGACCCCCGCGACCGCAAGGGCCAGGACCGCCGAGUCCCUCCACGACGCGAUCGCCAAGCUCCACCAGACGAGCCUGCAACACCAGCUGGACCGAGAAGGCAGGAGGCGGCCGGGGUACUACGCGUUCCGCCGCGGCGCCUCCACGAGGCCGCUCUUCAGCUGGGCCGAUCACCCGGCGCUCGUCACGGACGCGGUGGAGAGCGGGUGGUCGAGGUUCGCCUUCGCGGGCUACAAGUCGUCCCCGUCGACCCGGUCAAUGUUGCUCGGCGCCUGCGCGAUCGCGGGCGAUCACAGGAGCGGAAUCCAGCCGGAGAUAAACUGGGAAGUCUGCCCGGGCUCCGCGGAUUUCAUGCAGAAGAUAAGACUGAAUCCUGGACUGCUGAAGAAGAUAAGUUUGAGCAACAACAAUCCCAUGGCAGCUUCAUCCGUCAUCAAAACUGCCUUGCCCUUGCCGGGCCCUCCAUUGGGCAAUUCCUCUUUCCCUCAGGAAGCCUAUUUCGAGAUCACGGUUUUGUACUCCGGGAGCGAUGUUCGCGAUCCCCGCAAGUCCCAGGAAGGCGAGAGGACUAAACUCAUUCAUGAUAGUUCCAAUUUGAACGCCAACUCGGAGUCAUUGGCCCAUGUCACUAGCCACGGUCACGGAAACAACUACGGGGUCGAAGAAUUGAAGCUCGAUGUUAAGGACGGCGGGAAAAUCGAGCCCGUGGAUGUGUCGCUCGGCCUCACGGCCGGAGGUUCGCUUCCCCUGAAACUUCCCGGAAGCUAUCCGGGUUCCAUCGGGUUCAACUCGAACGGCUCCGUCUUUCUUGACGGAAUCAGACUCGUGUUUGAAUCGGAGAAGGCAGAAUGGGGAAAGACAGAGAAGGUGAUCGGAUGCGGGUUCGACCCCAGGCAAAAGAAGGUCUUCUUCACAGUGGACUCGGAGCUGAUGCACGAGAUCCACUGCAAGACGGAGGAGUAUGGCGCUCCGCUCUAUCCGACGCUCGCGGCGAACAGUGACAUCAUGGUUCUCGUGAACUUUGGACAAGCUGCCUUCAGAUACGGACCUGCGAACACGCAGCGCACGUCGAACCCUUGCUUCAUUGGGCCACUCACGAAUUCCCCUGCAGCAGCUCUGGGUUAUGAAGACAGCAAAGAAUUGUUUUCAAUGGGAAGGAUCGACUCCCAGUGGCUAAACCAGUUCAUGAGCAGAGGCAGCCACAACCAUGGUAAUAACAACAGCAGAGUUCGGGAUUUUGAUGACGAGUCUGAGGCUGAUCUAUUCGAGAUCGCUCUGGAUAGUAGCGGAAGAUCCCCCAACACAGUUUUAUAGCCAUGAGAAACGAUAUGUCACCAUGUCAUAUAUGAAAGUUGGAGAUUUUUUGGCACCACAAGGCUGAUGCACACCGCUUGUGUUAAGAGUAUGAUAGUAUGAAAGGGAUUCGUGUCCUUUCAUCAUAGAAACCAAUAUCGAGGUCGACAGAGAGAUCUCUGCCUUCCGAACGAAAUCGGAAGGCAUUUGGACGGUCUUUCUAUUUGUAGGAUUCAGGAUAGUUUCUGUACAUCUGUAAUAGCAGUUAUUCUUUGAUUUUGAAGGUUAUUUACUUUUGGUGAGACUUCACUUUGUACAUAUCCUAAUGCAAAUGUCCAUACACCUCUUAGUCUUGCUC